AUGAGCACUGGUGAAACUUCGGCACCGCCCGUCUCAUCGAAUUUUCUGCAAUUUAUUGUGGAGAAGUCGACGAGUGUGACGUCACCAUUCAACAAAUCACAAAUUUGUAGAGAAUACGCUGAGAAGACGUCCAUUUCGUUGAGCUAUUUACAGGGAUUACUUCAAAAAGACGCCACUGUGACCAUUGAUUCCUCAAUGCGAAUCUUGGUAUACACAGCGAAUGAUGGAAAUUUGAAAUUGAAUGGAGAACAGAAGACGAAAUCGUUGAAAAGAAAUCAGAAAGAAGAAGUGACUUCAUCAUCAUCAUCAGAAUCUUCUUCAGAAGAAGAAGAUUCAGAAAUGGAUUUCAAGGAAAGUGUUUCGAUACGUGGAUGGUCUCGUCUCAUCGAGUCAAAACUCAAAUUAAUGAAAUUUGUGGUCAAGAAAACGAGGGGGAUUACUAGGCCAUUGAGUAUCGGAUGCUUGGCGACUGAAUACGUUCGAAAGGGCAACACGGAGAAAUCACAUUCAGCAAUUCAUUUUUGUCUUCGAAGAAUUCGGGAUGAAGUUUAUAAAAUGAAGAAACUCGAUGUGGCGACUCGAGUGAGAAUCAUUUUUGGAUUGAGUGCCACCGUUGACGAAGGAUUUUUGAAUGAACUCCGCCGAAAUGCUAAAGUGAAAGUGGAUGAGACGGGAAGAAUUACAAAAUACAAAGCGAAUGAUGGAAGUCUCAAAUUGAGAGGAGAACAUCGACAAACACAUAAAAGGGAAGACAAGAUAGAUGAGAAGGAAUGGAUGUUGGAAGUGAAACAAGAUGAAGAAGAAGAGAUCAAACCAUUCGAUGUAUUCAUAGAAAACUAUGAAUAUGAGCACGAAUUCAAGAUGGAAACACCUUCGAAUUAUCCACAGAUUGGCACGACAUAUUCUGCCUCUUUUUCGUCUUCGAGUUCCACGAGAUCCCCACCGAUUACUUAUGGAGAAUUGUUAAAAACGGUCCAGAAAUCGACUCGAUGUGGGAAUGGAAUCGAAUUUCUUUCGAUCCUCUCUGACGUGGCGAUCAAUUUGAAAUCGCCGAUUAUGCGUUCAUUUGUUGAGAAUGUGGCAGAGAGAAUGCAAGAAUCCGAGAUCAAGGAAAUGUACAUUCCCGAACCAUUGCUCCGUUCCUCAUUCGACGUGGGUCUACGCUUCAUUCUUGACCAUUCGAAACUGACGGUUUCCAACGAGGAAUCGAAUAUUUCACUGAAAGAAGUGCUCAUGGUUUUCCGUGUUGCGCUAUUCAAUUCCAACGAUUACACUGGUUUCAAAGACGAGUUGAGACAAAUGAGUUAUAGCGAGAAAUCGGACUUGAGAGUUCCGUAUGAAAAGGUGCGAUAUGGAUUGGAAAUGGCGAUUGAGUAUGCCUUCCCGUGA